CCCCCAACUGUAGCCUAUCAGAGUGUAGCACCUCCGGAGAGACAGACCCAAGCUCCAAUUGGAAGCAGCUUGUGUUUCGCUUUCGGGGGGCAGUUGGCUGCAGUGUGGUUGCAAACUUUUUUUUUUUUUUUCCCGGAAAGCUUCGGUUUCCCGGGAGAUCCCAGGCGGUGCAGUCGAGGCUCGGGGCCAUGGCCAGAGGCAAGAAGAUGUCCAAGACGCGCGCGGAGGAGGCGGCGGCGGCGACCCCGGCUGGAGGAGCAGCGGCCCCCGCUCCGGGCCCGGAGACUGUUGACCGAAGGAACCCAGCGCGGCCCAAGACCAACGGGGAAAAUGUAUUUAUGGGCCAGUCAAAGAUCUAUUCCUACAUGAGCCCCCACAGAUCCUCUGGAACUCGCCCUCCACUCCAGGAGGAAAACUCUGUUGCACAUCAUGACGUCAAAUGCCAGGGGAAAGCCUUAACCGAAUUGCACAAGAAAGGAGAGGAGAAAAGGAUUGGCGGCAACGCACCGGCAAGCACUAUGAAAUCAGAAGAGCAGAAAGGCAAAGAAUCAAGGAGGGAUUCUCUGGAGCCCCUUCCAAACCACAAAUCCAUAGCUGCAGGAAACCCCAAAGCCAUGACGCUGCCCGCCAAUGCUGCUGAUGCCGCCGGCGUGAAGCACGCCCCGAAGAAACCCCCUAAAACCAAGCAGGCCUCGAGGAGAAAAGCUCAGGGAAAAACUCAACAGAAUCGCAAAGUCACUGACUAUUAUCCCGUGAGACGGAGCUCCCGAAAAAGCAAAGCCGAGCUACAGUCAGAAGAAAAGCGAAAACUUGACGAACUAAUUGAAAGCGGAAAGGAAGAAGGCAUGAAGAUCGAUAUCAUUGACGGCAAAGGCAGAGGAGUGAUCGCCACCAAACAGUUUACAAGAGGGGAGUUUGUGGUAGAGUAUCACGGGGACCUCAUUGAGAUCACUGACGCCAAGAAGCGCGAGGCUCUCUAUGCUCAGGAUCCUUCCACAGGCUGCUACAUGUACUAUUUUCAGUACCUGAGCAAAACCUACUGUGUGGAUGCCACUCGGGAAACAGAUCGUCUGGGAAGACUGAUCAAUCACAGCAAGUGUGGUAACUGCCAAACCAAACUCCACGACAUAGACGGCGUGCCUCACCUCAUCCUCAUCGCCUCGAGGGACAUCAAAGCUGGCGAGGAGCUGCUCUAUGACUAUGGGGAUCGCAGCAAAGCUUCCCUGGAAGCCCACCCGUGGCUCAAACACUGAUCCGCGCUUCACUGGACAAAGUCCCUGCAAAGGGAAUUAGUUUUUUUGGGGGGGUUUUUUACACCUAAUCUUAGUGGAUAACUUCUGAUGUUUUUAAAGCUAUUAAAAUGCCUUUUCACUGUAGUAUUUAAAAAACAAUCUGCUGCAGGUUCCCUCCCCGGCAGGCUUGCGCAGAUGGCCUUAGGUUACCAAAACCUUUUCUAUUUCUAGUUAUUUUGUACGUUUUUGCAAACAGACAAAUCUGGGCUUCCCAUGCAUGCAGUCAAAGACUUGGUGCAGGUUUUAUAGGGAGAUGAAAAUCCGAAUAGUGGACAUGAGCAGUCCCACUGCCUCCAGCUACAUAGCAAUGACUUUCUGCAUCCCACUUUAGGGAGCAGAUCAGGACAGAACAUGCCUAAUUUCUCUCCUCUUCUCCAACUUCUUGUCCUAAUAAUGACUUGACAGGUGUACAUAUAUAUAUAAUAUAUAUUUUUAAUGUUUCAUAACAGGCCAGUCCCUUCCCCUUCCCAACCUUUUUGCUUUUGAAAGCUUCCUGUCCCUGCACCACCCUCACCACUUAUCACCGCUCUUCUCAGGCUGCCCCAUCAGGGGUCCCAACACCCCUGCCAUCCCCCAUCCGCCAGCUGCACACCCAGCCAGAUUUGGGCGGCAAGAAGUCUUUGAAUUUCGUUCCCACUUCCCCUCCCUGAGCAGGGCUUCCUAUACCGGGGCUUAAUUCUCUCUAGAAAUGUGAACACUGAAUUUAUUCAACAAUAACUACUUAGAUGUAUAGAAGUUAAGUGAGUCAAGUUGCUGAGUUCUUGUAGAAGAAAUUCAAGAUGGUACUUUAUUCUGUUUUAAAACAGUUCUUUAGUGGGACCAGACAUCUUCCCAUCUUUCUCUUCACCCCUACAUACCUGGUUUCUUGUGUGUAUUGGAUUUUUGUUUUGUUUUAGUUUCUUUGUUUUUUUUGGUUUGAUUUUGGUUUUUUGUUUAAUUUGCUGGGUAGAAUCAGCAAGAUUUGCUUCCACAUUAUAUCAGGCAACCUGGUUGUUUUCCUGAACAUACAGCUAUGAAUUCAAACAAGAGUCUCUCUGAUAGAGAAAAGUAGGAGCCCAGCCUCUGAUGGUCACAGGUGUCCUAGGCACACCAGCAAGAGGCGAGGGCUUCAGGCUCAGGGCCGAAAGAGAUGGGAUCUGGGGCUUCGACUGUGACAGAAACGGAGCUUCCCUCUCGCAGAAUGGAACUGAUCAAUCAUUUCAGUCAACGGCCAGGGGACUGAAGUGAGCAAGCAGAGACCUUGGCAGUGUGCCCCCCUGGCUGCAGGGAAACCUGAAACGGGGAGGGUGCAUAUAGGACUCUGCUCUCCUCCUUUCUGUUCCCCUGGGGUUUGUCAUGGUGCUACCUAAGAAAGUCUUCCCUCACCUUCCCUGCUUGUCAGGGAAUGGAGAAUCAAUCAGAUGGGUGUGUGUCGAUGUGAGCUUCUGUGUCUUGGUUGUACCUGUUUGUGGUUUAGCCUUGAAUUUUAAAAGCAAACUUGAAGAGUAUUUGUCUCUGUAAAAAACAAAACAAAAAAAAGGAUAAAAAAAUUAAAAUAUUUAUUGCCAACUGCUUCCUAUAUUUUGUUUUGUUUUUCCAACUGUUAUAAGACCUUAGAUAGGAAUGUCUGAAACUCCAAAGUCUGAUAUAUUUUUUUUCUCUAGUUUUCCUAGAAACUUGGGGCGGGAUGUCUACUGAAAAUGAAUUGAUUUGGUAUCAGAAAAUUUUCUUAUAUGUGCUAGUUCUUUAACCAAUCCUAGCAAACUUUAGGAUUCACGAGAGCCUAGAAUGUCAGGUGGCAGGAUGGAGAAUGUUGGUAAGUCAGUGGCUCAUUCCUUUAAGUUCAUAGAUUUGGGGCAGAAAGAGAUCUGAUUUGCCAUUUCAUCCAUCCUACCACCUCCCCAUUUUCAGGUGAGGAAAGUGAGACUCAAAAAAAAAAAAAAAAAAGACCUGUACUAGGUGAGUAGCCAAGAUGAUUCUCAAACAUGGGUCCUUGGAUUCCAAAUCUGAUGAUGCAUUUCUAUUCCUUUAUUUACAUGGGGGCAGCUAGAUGGCACAGUGGAUAGAGCACCUACUCUGAAGUCAGGAGGACCUGAAUUCAAAUUCAGCCUCAGAUACUUAAUACUUCCUAGCUGUGUGACCCUGGGCAAGUCAUUUAAUCUAAUUGCUUAGCCCUUACCCCCCCCCAAAAAAAAAAAUUAAAGAUUUAAAUCAUGGCUCUUAUACUUUUCCUUAAAUUUCCUCAGGUCCUUCCAGCUAGAAUCCUAUAAAAGUAAACAAUAUUUUCCCCCAGUACUCUGCCAUCUUGUGUCCCCUUUCCUCUCUCUACUGAGAGGAGAUGGAUUUGUGUUAUUUGCCAGGACUAAUAGUAGUUUGGGAGGUUGGUUUGGAUUGGAUUUUUUUUUCCUCAAUUACCCAGAAUUCAACUGCCCUUUAAUUUUCUUUUUAUUUACAUGUUGAUGUUUGUUUAUUCUUGUGGUUCUGCUUUUUUAUUUUUACUCUGCUGUUUUAUAGAUGUUUUCCCAUGUUCCUCUGUCUCAUUAUGAUUUUUGGUGAAGGGGAAGGGGAUCUGGACUUGUACACUACACCCAAUACAUGACUACAAUACACACUCCCUGAGAACAGGGAGUGUCUUGGCACCUCGCACCAUUCUUGGCACACAGUAGGCACUUUAAAAAAGCUUUUCUUUUUUGUCUUUUUUUGGGGGGUCAUUCCCACAUGAGGCUUUCCUUUAGAGGAGAUUCAGUCUUCCCCAUUUCUGGUCUUCCUUGUAACUUACAGGGCCUGCUGGUGUCGGACCUGCGUCAGGGCCCCUGAUCUGUGACAGUCCCCACAGCUGCUGCUUUCGUAAGGGCUCACCCACUCGUCUUCAUUGUCACCCUGGAGGAGGCAGUGAGCCAUUUUUGCUUUCUCGCUAUGAGAAAAUCACAGUCCUUCUCUAACAGAAACAUGUCUGUGCCUUCAGAAGACCACAAGUAUCUUGGAGAACUUUCACCAGGGGCUGCUAUGUGCUAAUUUUUUUUAUUCUAGUGCUAUUUUCCUCAAGUCUCCAGCUUCCAGUGAGGAAAAAUGACAUAGUUGUGUAUGACAAUCAUCUUCGUCACAACAGGCUCCCUAGCAAGGUGAAUAUUCAGUUGGCCUUGGAUCCACGAAGAUCUGAGUUUGAAUCUGGCCUCUGCACCACCUGCUGACCUCAGUUCUCCAGGCACCUCUCUAGGACCAUAAGCUGCAGAAAAGGUGCCGACUUACAUUGCUAGAUCCUUAUUCAAGAAUUCGUUCCCUUUGCCAGUAAAAUCACAGGUCCUGACUUGAUCCCUAUUUCUAUUCUUAUUCAUAAGUCUUUUAAGGAGUCACACCACUACUGGGCACAUACCCCGGGGAUAUCAGUGAAAAAAAUAUAUGCAGAAUUUUUCAGAAUAAGGGUACUCUGUAUUAGCCAAAAACUGGAAGCAAUAAGGGUACCCCUCUAUUGGGAAAUGAUGGAAUAAAUUGUCGUAGAUGAAUGUAAUAAAAUGUCCUUGCACUAUUAGAAAUGAGGAACUCGGAAACUUGGAAAAUUUGGGUGAAGUGAUACAGAAGGAAGAAAAUUGAAGCAAAAUCCAUAUACCAAAUGGUUGCAAUUAUAUGAAAAUGAAAUUAAGAUGCUACCAAACAGAAUAAUUGCAGUGAUCAAUCCUGUUCCAGAGAAACUAGGAAUUCACUAUCAGGAAAAAUGCCUCAGGGCAGGACUUCCAAAAAUCCAUUGAAAAUCCCAGUACCAUUAUAGGGCUGGCCCAGAUGAUCUCUUUUUCUAGGUAUAUUUAUCAGGGAUUUGUUAAUAAUUGUCAUAAUUUACAUAGUCAUUAUGCACAUUUUAAAAAGAAAAAGUAUUUCACCCUCUCAUUGAUAUUCCCUUAUCACCUCCAUUUUAGACUUGGUAGAGUAGUGGCUGAAGAUAGAAUGUUGUGUAUCCUAUUAGUUAUUGUUGCUUUGUUGAUUGGGUUUUAAUUUUUUUCUUUGUUACCAGCAAUGAUUUGAUAUGGGGAAAGGUAUAUUGGGAAAUGAUUCUGAUUUUUUUUAAAAGCAUAAAUAAAAGUCAAUGAUUGAUAAUGUUAUAUUACUGUGCUAUGUGAAAUGAUAAGUAUGAAGAGUUCAGAGAAUCAUUGGAAGAUAGAAAUUAACUGAUACAGAGUAAAGUAAAAACCAGGGAGAUAAUAUGAAUAAUCCCAAUGGAAAGACUACAAAAUAAAUAGAACUGAAUGUUGUGUCAUUUUAAUGACCAAACAGCUCCAAAAGAGGGGGUGUUUGAGAUGAAGUUAUCUCCUUUCUUUCUUGCGGAUGUGAGGGUCUCUUCUUAAUGUGGCAUACGUCAUAUAGUAUGAGAUUUGGUUGAUGUGUUUAUCAGUUUUGUCAAACUGCCUUUUCCCUUUUGCUUCAAGAUAUAUGGAUAUAUUAGACUAUGAAAGUGAUGGAAAAACAAAAGAUCAUUGAAUUUUAAAAGAUUAAAAUAAAUGGAGGGUGGGAAGAAUUCUGGAAAGGCAAAUGGAGGCUAGAUUGUGUAAAGUUAAUGCUAACCUGAAAUGUUUGUAUUUAUAUUAGAGAUAACAGGAAAGUAUCAAAGUUUUUAAAGCAGGAAGAUGAUAUUCUCAAUAACUGCAACAAUUGAGGGGAUUAUGGUAUGAAAUGAAAAUUAUUAUGGCAUGAAAAAUGAAAAAAAUAGACUUUAAUAAAAGUGCAGAUAGGAACAACAUUGAAAGACUGGAGAACUUUGUAUAGCAUAAACAAAAUCUAGAGUAUUGUACAUUUAUCGUGCCAUUCACUCCUGCAAUGAACCUAAAAUGUAGAAUGAGUCACAGCUAGGCCAAAGGUGGGUAUUUGUUCAUUGAUGGAUUAUGAAUAUUUGCUUUAAGGUUUUUUUUUAAUUGUUCAUUUAAGAAUGUACAUAAUGACUUUGUAAAUUAGGAGCCAUUAGGAGCCAAGCCAUUUACACAUCCCUUUCAUCCCUCUGGGUUUGACAUCUUGCCAUCCACACGUAGUACUUCCUCACCUCUAUGCUCAACCUUUUCUACUCCUACCUUUGGGAAUAGCUUCUGUUGCUGAAAGUGUUUACAGAUAAAAAUUUUCUACUAAGAACUGCUUUAUCUGCAUCCCAAAUUUUUUCAUAUGUUAUCAUAAUUGUCAUUUUCUUUAAUUAAAUUAUUGUUGGUAUAGCUUGUUCUUUGACCUACACAUUUUUUAAAGAUUCUAAUAUUUAGUCUCUAUUUGGGGCUGAAUCCCUUCUACAAAUUCUUCUUGAUGAUAACUUUUAUUGUUGCAUUAUGUUCAGUAAAGAGUGUGUUUGAUAUUUAUGCUUUUCUGCAUUUUUAUGAAUUCUUUCUGCUCUGGCACAUGAUUAAUUUUUUCAAGGUACAAUGCAAGACCAAGAACUAUGUAUAUUCCUGUUGAUUCCCGUUCCUUAAUGGCCAAAGGUCUACCUAACUUUUCUAAAAUUCUAUCCAGAUCCUUAACUUCAUUCUUAUACUUUUAUUGGAUUUGUCCAGAUCUGCUAUUGUUUCUGUAAAGGAUCUAUCGGAUCAGUUGCGCCAUAGAUUCAAUCAACAUGUUUCCUAAACCAAAACAGACUUCUUUGGCCACUUAGGUGUGUUGUCUUUCUAUUGUUAAGAAUAUAUUGUUAGAAUAUAAACUCCUUGAGGUAGGGACUUGUCUUGAUUGUAUAUUUGUAUCCUUAGUGCUUAGUAUAGUGCUGAGUACAUGAUAAAUACUUAAUAAAUUCUGUUUCAUUCAUUCAA